GACCCAGCAGCACCCUUUGCCGGUGCCGCUGCUGCUGCCGCUGCCGCCGCUGUGCUCCUUGGUGUUUGGCUGUCUGACUUAAGCAUGGAUCCUUACUGGCAUUAUCAAUGUUCCACCCUUAGCUUAAAUGUCUCCGUGUGGUUCUUGUGGCCGGCCUUUCGUUAAGCUCGGUGUGGAAGCGAGGUUGUUAUCCAUGUCAGAACUCUCUACGGCCGUCCGUGUCUUAAAUGUUCAGGCCGAGCGGUAGCUGUUGAUGGGGGCCUUGUCAGCGCAGAGGGGAGGCUCUUGACGCACCUUCCCCAAAGGCCGCUGGUGGAGGAGAGAGAGAGAGAGAAAAAGAGAGGGAGAGAGAGAGAGAGAGAGAGAGAGCAGGUGUUGGCUGGCCUAGAGGCACGUCGGACUUCGCAGAGUCGAGAGGUUCCGAGAGAAACUGGCAUCUGUCCUCCCAAUCAUGGCUUCUGCGUCCCCUUCCCCCCCCGUCCCCCCCCCCACUCCUGGCCAUGUAGGCUUAGCGUCCGGCGCUCAGGCGAACAGCAGUUGUGCUGUUGUUCAAACGGCAGCCUGGACCUCGCGGGCAUGAUCCCAAAGAAGUAAUCUGAAUAUCCUAAGAUCCAGUGGAAGAGAAGAUCUCUGAAAUGAUUGUCCUGCGCCGAACUGACUUUUGUUUCUCUGUUCCCUUUGCCUUCCCAACCCUGUGUUUUGUUUGCGUUUACCUGCCUGAUUCUCCACUUCGGCAUCGUCAGGGCUGCGCGGUGGUUGAAUUCAAGAUGGAAGAGAGCAUGAAAAAAGCCGUGGAGGUGCUGAACAAGCACAGCCUCAGUGGGAGACCCCUGAAGGUGAAGGAGGAUCCCGAAGGCGAGCAUGUUCGAAGAGCUGUGCAGAAGGCCAUGGCGGCCUCUGGGAGCGGGAUGGGCAUCAGCCCUGGCGCAGGCGGGCCUGGCAUGAUUAACAUCCCGCCCAGCAUUCUCAAUAACCCCAAUAUCCCGAACGAGAUCAUCCACGCCCUGCAGGCCGGCCGCCUGGGCAGUACCGUUUUCGUGGCCAAUCUGGAUUACAAGGUUGGCUGGAAGAAACUGAAGGAAGUCUUUGGCAUGGCCGGCGUGGUUGUCCGAGCAGACAUCUUGGAAGACAAAGAUGGGAAGAGCCGGGGGAUCGGCACAGUCACCUUCGAGCAAGCCAUCGAGGCUGUCCAGGCUAUCUCUAUGUUCAACGGGCAGCUGCUCUUCGACAGGCCGAUGCACGUCAAGAUGGACGAACGGGCUUUGCCCAAAGGGGAUUUCUUCCCUCCGGAGCGGCCCCAGCAACUUCCUCAUGGCCUUGGGGGAAUCGGCAUGGGACUGGGGCCGGGAGGAAUACCGAUCGAUGCCAAUCACCUGAACAAAGGCCUGGCCAUGGGCAACCUCGGCCCUGGAGGGAUGGGGAUCGAAGGCUUGGGCUUCGGAAUGAAUAAAAUGGGAGGGAUGGAAGGUCCUUUCAGCGGAAUGGAGAGCCUGGGCCGUUUUCCUUCCGGAAUGAACCUUGGCCGGAUGAGUGAAAUGGACCGUGCCAUCGGAGGGGGAUUCGAAAGAGACUUCCCGAGAAAUGAAAUGGGGAUGCCCCGUAGUUUUGGAGACACUCUGGAGAGAGGCAUAGGGGGUGGCGGCGGUGGCGCCACGAUCCCGGCCAUUGACCGGAUGGCCCCAGGACUGGACCGCAUGGCCAGCAGCAUUGACAGGCUCCCCAGUGGCCUGGGCCACGGGAUCGAGCGCGUGGGCUCCGAGAUGGACCGCAUGGGGCUAGUGCUGGACCGCAUGGGCUCCGGAGUAGAUAGGAUGGGCUCGGGCAUCGACCGCAUGGCCCCCCUGGGCUUAGACCACCUGGCCUCCAGCAUCGACCGCAUGGGCCCCGGGAUGGACCGGAUGGGGGCCGGCCUGGGCUUCGGCCUGGACCGCAUGGGCUCCACCCUCGACCGCGUGGGCAGCGCCAUGGACAGGAUGGGCAGCGGGGUCGACCGCAUGGGCCUGGGCUUGGACCGCAUGGUCCCGGCGGGGAUGGGCCCCGUGAUGGAUAGGAUGCCGGCCGGGCUGGACCGCCUCGGAGCAGCCCCCAUGGACCGCAUGGGGCUGGACCGGCUGGCGGCCCCCCUGGACCGCAUGGGGCUGGACCGCAUGGGGGCAGCGGCCAACAGCAUGGACCGCAUGGGGCCGGCCUUGAGCCAGGGCAUGGGGGCAGGCCUAGACAGGAUAGGGCUGCCCUUGGGGAGCACCUUCGAGAGGACCAUGGACAUGGAGCGUGGGAACUUCGCCGCCGGAAACUUCACCAGCGCCCUGGGAACUGGAGGGCCCGUGGCUGCCGCCGCCGGAGUGGCCAGGAAGGCUUGCCAGAUUUUUGUGAGAAACCUCCCUUUUGACUUCACGUGGAAAAUGCUGAAGGACAAGUUCAAUGAAUGCGGGCACGUGCUGUACGCCGACAUCAAAAUGGAGAACGGGAAGUCCAAAGGCUGCGGCGUGGUCCGGUUCGAGUCUCCCGAGGUGGCCGAGCGAGCCUGCCGGAUGAUGAACGGCAUUCAGCUCCGCGGCCGAGAAAUCGAUGUCCGGAUUGACCGGAAUGCUUAAAAAGCCCACCCGUGUCCCUUCUUUUUUUUUUUUUUUUUAAAUGCUACGUGGGAAGUAGGGUGGGGUGGGAAUCUAGAUUUGUAAUUCUUUCUCGUUUAUUAUGGUGGGGUUUGUUCGUUUGUUUUUUUUUU